CCCUCCUGAGAUUAUGCAGAUGAUAUUGGAUAAGUAUUUGGAAGCCACUGAAGACCCUAUAGAGUUACGCAGUCAGUUUCAAAAAAUGAUGGAAGAUGCCAUCUUUGUCGUGCCUUCUCUUCAAACAGCAAGAUACCACAGAGAUUCCGCUGCUCCGGUCUACUUUUAUGAGUUCCAGCAUCGCCCCACAGCAUUCAGAGACAGGAAGCCAGAUUUUGUAAAGGCAGACCAUGGUGAUGAACUCGGCUUUGUAUUUGGGGGACCAUUCCUGAGAAGCAACUCAAUCACAUUAAGUGAAGCCACAGAGGAGGAGAAACGGCUUAGCAGAACAAUCAUGAAAUACUGGAGCAACUUUGCCCGUAACGGGAACCCAAACGGCGAAGGUCUGGUGGAAUGGCCACAGUAUGGUCUGCAUGAAGAGUAUCUCGAAUUAAACUUGGAACAAAGGAAAUCAGAGAAACUGAGAAACAGCUAUGUGGACUUUUGGUUAAAGACCCUGCCUGAAAAAAUGAAAACAAUAAUUGAAGAAGAGAAAACACACCCAGAGCUGUAAAAUUCUUGAGAUGUGUACAGCACCAGUCUUGUCUGGACUGAAUAGUACAGCUUAUUAAACAAAAAUUGUUCACACAGUC